AAAUUGAUUUACUUAUAGAAGUAAUGAGGUGAAAUUGUUCUAAAGUGGGAAAUAAGUCCAACAAUUGAAAGUUUAAGAAGAUAACAAACCAAUCCCAACUACUACCGUCAUACAGGUGGAUUUAUACAACCGAUAGAUAUUGACUUAUAUAAAAGCCCGCAAACAAAGUGGCUCAGUUCUGAUUUCUGUUUCUAUAUCGCCACUACACAUAAUGGCCCGAUUGUUAGUUGCGGCUUUUGUGAUUACCGCCUGCUUCUUCUUAGCUGAAAUAACCUCAGCUAAGGAAGAAUUUGGACCUGGCAAUCAAGAUUAUGGCUAUAUUGAUGUCCGCAAAGGCGCUCACAUGUUUUAUUGGUUAUUCUACACAACAGCAAAUGUUUCCAAAUACACUGACCGACCUCUAGCAAUUUGGUUACAGGGAGGACCUGGAGCAUCGUCGACUGGUUAUGGAAAUUUUGAAGAACUCGGUCCAUUGACCUUGGAACUGACUGCACGAAAUCACACUUGGGUAAAGGAUAUGAAUGUUCUUUUUAUUGAUAAUCCAGUCGGAAGUGGAUUUAGUUAUGUGGAUAGUUCAAAAUACCUUACGAAAAAUAAUAAACAAAUAGCUCUUGAUUUGGUUGAACUUAUGAAAGGAUUCUACAAAAAUCAUCCUGAAUUUAAGAAAGUUCCUUUGCACAUUUUCUGUGAAAGCUAUGGUGGGAAAAUGGCCCCAGAGUUUGCUUUGGAAUUGUACAGAGCCAUCGAAAAGAAGGAAAUCGAAAGUAAUCUGCAGUCGGUAGCACUAGGAGAUCCAUGGGUUUCACCUAUGGAUUCUGUAAACGCUUGGGCUCCACUUUUGUUGAACAUGGGCAUGAUUGAUCACAGUGGCUACAAUAGAAUCAUGAAAUCAGCCGAGAAAACCCAAAAUGCACUUGACAAGGGUAAAUAUACCCAAUCUACUUUGCUUUGGAGCGACACUCAACGAGUUCUCUUGGACGAGUCGAAAGGAGUUGAUUUCUAUAACAUUCUGUUGCCCACAAACGGAGAAUUGUACACACGAUCAUUGCUGAGCAAUGAAGAGCGAAUGUACAGAACCUUAGUUAAGUUCGACUUAGAUGAAAACCGUGAUCAAAUUUUACAGGACAUCAUGCGUAAACAGGUUAGUAAGGCUUUGAAAAUACCUUCGAGUGUUGUUUGGGGAUCACAAAGUAGCACAACAUUUAACGUUUUGAUGGGUGAUUUUAUGAAACCAGCUGUGGAAAUCGUCGAAACUCUACUCAACUCAACCACUCUAAAAGUAGCUGUGUUUUCGGGACAAUUAGAUCUUAUUUGUGCAACUCCAGGUACAAUAAACUGGAUCAAUGACAUGCAAUGGAAUAAUAAAUCUGCCUACGAAUCUGCACCCAGGGUAGGAAUUGUUGUUGACCGAGUUCUGGAAGGAUAUCAAAAAGAAGCUGGUAAUUUUGCCAUGUUCUGGGUUGACCGAGCUGGACAUAUGGUACCAAAUGAUAACCCUCGUGCAAUGGACUUUAUUUUAAAAAAAUAUACAAAAUAUGAUAAUUAAAAAAUUCUGUUUUUGAAAAAAAUAAAUAACAGGUGGUUAGAUUUUGAGGGCAGAUGGUGAUUUUGAAUAAAGCAAAAUUAUUUAGGAAAUCA